CUAACUCUGUGUUUUUGUGACCAUGGAAACGCUCAAUGCUCACCUCCCCCACGUGUCUCCCUCCUCCCUCCUCCCCAGGUGACGCUGGACGGUCACGACAUCCGCGGCCUGAACAUCCAGUGGCUGCGCUCCCUCAUCGGGAUCGUGGAGCAGGAGCCGGUGCUGUUCGCCACCACCAUCGCCGAGAACAUACGCUACGGCCGCCCCGGCGUCAACUCCGAGGACAUCAUCAAGGCCGCCAAGGAGGCCAACGCUUACAACUUCAUCAUGGACCUGCCGCAGAAAUUUGACACGCUGGUCGGAGAGGGCGGAGGUCAGAUGAGUGGCGGUCAGAAGCAGCGUAUCGCCAUCGCCCGCGCCCUCGUCCGCAAUCCCAGAAUCCUCCUGCUGGACAUGGCCACCUCUGCUCUGGACAACGAGAGCGAGGCUGUGGUGCAGGAGGCUCUGGACAAGGUGCGUAUGGGCCGCACCACCAUCUCCAUCGCCCACCGCCUGUCGACGAUUAAGAAUGCGGACGUGAUCGUGGGCUUUGAGCACGGGCGCGCCGUGGAGCGGGGCAAACACGACGAGCUGCUGGAGAGGAAGGGCGUAUACUUCACCCUGGUCACGCUUCAGAGCCAGGGGGACAAGGCGCUCAACGAGAAAGCACGCAAGAUGGCUGAGGGAGAAAACGCCGGAAAGAUGGAUGAAGACUCCGAGAGGAAAAGCCUUACUAGAGCAGGAAGUUAUCGUGCAAGCUUGCGAGCUUCUAUUCGCCAAAGAACAAAGUCUCAGCUGUCUAAUGUCAUUCCGGAAUCUUCUGUGGCCAUAGCUGGAGAGUUAGGCCCCAGGUCUUACUCACAGUCAUACUCUGCCAGUGGUGCCAAGGACAAGAGUGCAGUGCCUGAAGAGGAGGAAGAGCGGGUGGAGCCGGCCCCGGUGACGCGGAUCCUGAAGUAUAACGCUCCUGAGUGGCCCUACAUGUUGUUCGGCUCCAUCGGGGCCGCCAUCAACGGCGGCGUCAACCCUGUGUACUCUCUGCUCUUCAGUCAGAUCUUGGCGACUUUCACCAUGCCUGACCCCAUAGAGCAGCGUAACGCCAUCAAUGGCAUCUGCAUGUUCUUUGUGCUGGUUGGACUCACCUCGUUCUUUACCCAGAUGCUGCAGGGCUAUGCGUUCUCUAAGUCCGGUGAGCUGCUGACCCGUAGGCUGCGGCGGAUGGGUUUCAAGGCCAUGCUGGGCCAGGACGUGGGCUGGUUUGACGACCACAAGAACAGCCCCGGGGCGCUAACCACCCGCCUGGCCACCGACGCCUCACAGGUCCAGGGGGCGACAGGCUCUCAGAUUGGCAUGAUCGUGAACUCUAUGACGAACAUCGGCGUGGCCAUCAUCAUCUCCUUCUACUUCAGCUGGAAGCUGUCGCUGGUCAUCAUGGGCUUCCUGCCCUUCCUGGCGCUCUCCGGGGGCUUCCAGGCCAAGAUGCUCACCGGCUUCGCCAAGCAGGACAAGGAGGCCAUGGAGAUCGCAGGACAGAUCUCGGGCGAGGCCCUGAACAACAUCCGCACCAUCGCAGGGCUGGGCAAGGAACGCAAAUUCGUGGAGAUGUACGAGGCCCAGCUGGAGGGGCCGUACCAAGCCGCACUCAAGAAGGCUAACGUCUACGGCGCCUGCUACGGCUUCGCCCAGUGCAUCGUCUUCUUGGCCAACUCCGCCUCCUACAGGUUCGGAGGGUACCUGGUCAGGCAGGAGGGACUCCACUUCAGCAUGGUCUUCAGGGUGAUCUCUGCCAUAGUGACAAGUGGCACGGCUUUGGGCAGAGCCUCAUCCUACACCCCUGACUACGCCAAGGCCAAGAUCGCUGCUGCCCGCUUCUUCCAUCUCCUGGACCGCGUGCCCAAGAUCAGUGUCUACAGCGAUGAGGGCCAGAAAUGGAGUGACUUUCGAGGCAACCUGGAGUUCAUUGACUGUAAGUUCACGUACCCGACUCGUCCAGACAUCCAGGUGCUCAACGGCCUGACCGUGAGUGUAAAGCCUGGACAGACGCUGGCCUUCGUGGGCAGCAGCGGUUGUGGCAAGAGCACCAGCAUCCAGUUGCUGGAGCGCUUCUACGACCCAGACCAUGGCAGAGUGCUAAUUGACGGGCACGACUCGACCAAAGUGAACGUAGCCUUCCUGCGCUCCAAGAUCGGCAUCGUGUCGCAGGAGCCCAUCCUGUUUGACUGCAGCAUCGCCGAGAACAUCCGCUAUGGUGACAACCAGCGCGACAUCAGCAUGAACGACAUCAUCUCUGCCGCCAAGAAGGCGCAGCUGCACGACUUCGUCAUGGGCCUACCUGAGAAGUACGACACUAACGUGGGCUCCCAGGGUUCCCAGCUGUCUCGGGGACAGAAGCAGCGCAUCGCCAUCGCCAGAGCCGUCAUACGCGACCCCAACAUCCUGCUGCUGGACGAGGCCACCUCAGCGCUCGACACAGAGAGUGAGAAGACGGUACAAGAGGCCCUGGAUAAGGCUCGUGAGGGGCGAACCUGCAUCGUCAUCGCUCACCGUCUCUCCACCAUCCAGAACUCUGACAUCAUCGCCGUGAUGGCACGUGGCUACGUCAUUGAGCAGGGCAACCACGAGCAGCUCAUGGCCAAGAAGGGAGCCUACUACAAACUGGUCACCACAGGGGCCCCUAUCAGCUAACACCAACGCUAACACCAACGCUAACAUCGCUAUGCAUUAACAUCAGGGAUGAGGCUAGGUCAUCUAGGGAAGUUAUAUUAGCACCGAUGCUAGGGCUAGGUGAGAUGGGGACUUUGCAUUAACACAUAAAGUGAUGGUGACCCUUCCCAACCUCUGCCAGUCUUAGUGGCCAUAGUACCUGUCAGACAGCUGUCCGUCUCUUUUGAAAGUUCCGAAUAGGUGGAUGCAGUCAGGCUGGGUUGAAAUGUACAGAUUACAGAGGCCAGGAGUGGCAUACAGAUAUUUGUCAUUCACAGAGCAUCUGUUGACAUGAUAGCAUUCAGAAUAGCUGCCACUGAUCUUACAUAAUCUAAAACAUAUCAGUUACAGUAGCUUUCAUAAAGUUAAAGCAAUAAUUUACAAAUAUACAGUAUAGGCCUUUUGUAAUAUUUCUACGCUUAAAUAAUAUAGAUAUGAAUUGUAUGCAUAAUAAAUAAUAUACAUUAUGUGUAUUUAAAUGGAUUUGUCCUCCUGAAUUAGUAUAGCCAGGAAAUGUUUAAAUGCUAAACAAACUAAAAAAAAUUAAAAGCUCUUAAGGUUAGCCUAGAAAAUAUGCUUGGAGCCAGGAAGUGACUGAAUUUGACAACAACGUAACCAAC